AUGUCAUCCGGCCCCGGUUGGGUUGCGGCCGUCCUGACGUGCUUCUACGGCCUCGCGGCGGCCAAACCCCUGCUGGGCGGCUACAGACGCGCCGUCAAUGCAACGGCGACGCUGAAACUCCAGCCCGUGUGGAUCCUCACCGAGAUCCCCAUUGCCAUCCAGACGUACUUUGCGGCGAGCACCGAGCUGACCAUCUGUGAUGGCCUGACCAUCAGCAUAACCCGGCCGUCGGCCGUCAGCACCGUCUUGACAAUCACCAGGACGAGAAGCACUACAAUCUCAAGCGCCUCCUCUCGCGCCGUCCUUGCCGUCAGCAGCACCAUCACCAUCACCAUCACCAUCAUCAUCGUCAUCACCGCCAUCACCGUCAUCACCAGCUUCCGUCAGCUCGCAAACCCGAACCGACACCGGCACCAGCAGCGGCGCCGAUACCGACCCCGACACCGCUUUUCCAAUAAACACGGGCGCUUCGGCCAGCGCUACUUCUUCGUCAGCUCAACAGCCUGGCACCAGCAUAGUUGCCGCCCAGAGCUCCAACAAUGUGGCAAGCUCUGCUGA